AUGGUUUUGGAGAUGAUCAAAGAUUUGUGGGAUACUUACGUUGACGGAUGCCACUGGGACCACUGCUGCACCAAUAAUGAAAAUGGAAAGGAACAGCCGUUAAUUCAGGUUAAGAAGAAAACUCGCCCAUGGAUAAUAAAUUGCCGCGUUGCCGCUGUUAAUUGCUGUAUAGCAUUGGCAACCACCAGAAGAGGCACUGUUCAUGACGAUGCAUUGUUCAGCAUUCUCAAAGACUGCAAAACUCUGCCCGUAUUUUUAGAUCAUAUAUUUGGUUUUCUCCAUAGAAGAACAGACUUUUAUCAUGAAGCACCAGAGCCGAAAUCGCCAGUAGGACUUCCAAAAGGAUUAGCAGAACAUUUGGUAAAACAUGCUUAUUUCAAAUGGAUUCGCAAGCAGAUUGAAAAGCCGAUAAUUUACGAUGAAAGUGAAAUUCCGGAGGCAGUUGUAGAAGAAAUUGUUAUAUCGGAAGACCAGGCUGAAGAAAUAACUAUGGAUUUUGGACACCUCAAUUUGGAUAAUCCGGCUCUGCUACAGCCAGGGAUGCUUAGCAAAAACGAAUUAAACCUAAAGUUUACCCAAUCUGAGAGCUAUAAUGGUUCAGCGUUUGAACACUACUGUUGGUCGCAGACAAUUAAAGAUCUGGAUAUAACUCUAAAGGUGCCAGAGAAUGCAACUUCCAAAAAUCUUAAAGUUUCUAUAUUUUCAAAUAAAAUUGAGGUGAAGAUGAAAGAUAUUGCCUUAUUGCAAGGUGAGUUAUACAAGAAAUGCAAGUACAAUGAAGCUAUUUGGUCGCUGGAUAGGCAAAAACUUCAAAUUCACUUGGAUAAAUGUCUGGAGGAAUGGUGGAAUUGUUUAAUUUUGUCUGAGGAUCGCUUGGACUUGUCCACCCUGGAUUGUUCACGGCCAUUUGAAGAUUUGCCUGAAGAUGCUCAAGCCAAAAUCGAAGAACUUGGUUGGAACCAGGAAAGGAAACGAUUGGGCUUGCCCACUUCGGACGAACUGGCAAAGCAGGAAUUAUUGAGAAAAGCAUGGGCAGCAGAAGGUUCGCCAUUUACGGGUCCUUUCGAUCCUACUCAAGUUGCUUUCCAUUCGUAAUAGUAUACUGAAUUAUAUGAGCUAUUAGUCCGGGAGGCAGGGGUCUAUUUUAAAUACUGUUUUUAUAUCGCUAGAUUUUUAUCUAUUCUGUGGCACCACAUGGAGCAUGUAAAAAAAAAAAGAUCUUGAUUUUUUCCAAGCAACAAAGACGUCAGAUAAUAUUUAAAAAAGAGUCAGCUCACGGUUAGAGGGGCGAUUUAGCUUUUGAUAUUGCCAUUAGUCCAGUGCAGAUCAAAUCUCCGGAAAAAGAUUUUGCGGUUCUCGCAACAUUUUCACUAACUUUUGUCGUAUGUCGUAAGUAAAAUUGAUUAGUUUUUAUGGAACUUCGCAUUCUCCUCUUAUCAAGAAGUCAAUACUUCAAUCAUCGGGCAAUCGUCUAGGCAGAGAUUAGUAGAUUCUACUAAUCUCUGGUUUAGCCUGGUUAUUACGAAUGCAUUGUUCCAAAAUUAUUACCACUCGGUUCAAAAUAUCAUCUUCCAAAACAUCGAGAUCAGACACUAGCACUCCGGUAUAACGUUUUACAAUUGUUUCCCUAUUCAUUGUGACACUGUUAAUUUUUAUGAAAAGGUCUUCAAUAAUCUACUUUCAAAAGUAUACGUCUAUCUGUGUUGAUUUGGUGGGAUCACGAUUAGCGACGGCUUCAGCAAAGAGUAAAUGAAGAAAAGUUAAAAAAAGAAAUGAAACUGCACAUUUUGUCAACGACUAAUCUAUGUACCUCGUGAGUCACCAGCCAUUCGGUCUUCUCCAUAUUAGAUGUUUUUUGUGCCUGCUGCGUAUUCUGCAGUACUGCAGGUAUAUAAUACCUUUGCAGUGGAGACUUUAUAUAAUAAUUACCCUCGGUAGAUUAUUGAAAGGCCGUUUGAAAUUUAUAAACGUUAUAGUAUUCAUAAAUAGAAAUGUGAAAAUAUUCGUCAGCUGAUUGCUCGUUGGGGAAAAAGUUGUCAGUCGGAGCAUUGAAAAUUCCGCUCAUUAUAGAGAUAUAUAUGAGCGCAAUUACUCUUGUUUGGACGGACGGUCUUUCCUCCGUUAUAAAUUCGGCUGAUUGUCAUUUCCAUAUUUAUAUACAUAUCCAAAAUCAGGUGAAAAAUUUUCAAUCGAUUUAAAAUAAUUUUAUUUCCUUUAUUUUCAUUACCAGUUCAUAUGCCCAGCUGAUUUGUAAUACCCCCGCUACGGCCCAGUUGAUAUAUUAUCUGACGUCUUUAAUUCAUGAAAAAAAAAUCAAAACGUCUAAAAUUAUUUAAAAAAACUUUUCUCUUCAAUUAGCAUCACACAAUCGCUUUCACCGCUACUGAGCCCAGCUGACGGCACUUUUCAUCAUUGGCUAUAUGGCAUCUACUUUUUUUGUUAAUAUCCGUCGGCAUGAAAUGACUAGGUCAAAAAGACCCCUGUCUCCCGGACUAUAUACUUUACUGUUACAUAAGUUUUACUUCAUUUUACAAUAAAUAAUAAUUUAUUUACAA